AUGAACACUUUCUUGCGCAAAAAAUAUAUUCUUGAUACAAACAAAACUUCUCAAAAAAUAACACAAAUCAAUAAAACUCUUCAAAAAUAUCCAUUUUUAUUUGGGAUACCUUUCAUAAUGAUAAUAUUAAGCGGAGCCUAUGUAUUAAGCAUAUCUCAACAAUUUCGAUAUGAAUGUAGAGAUCAAAAGAUAAAACAAAUUUUAGAAGAAAAUACUUUAGGAACAAAAAAAAAUCGACGAAAAAUAAAUAUUAAAGAUGAAUAUUAUAAACUUCAAAUGAAUGAAUUACAAUUUGAUGAUUGGGAACAGAUUAGAGUAAAACGGCUUCCCGGAGAACCAGAAAAUGUAUUAGUUCCAGAUUCUUAA